UUAAUUUUUCUUUCCAGAAACUCUCGCCAUUUGGAAAGACGUAAAAUACAUUGUCAAGAAUCAUGAUGGGCAAAACAGAAACCCGGCCAAAUAGACCUCGAGAUGGUCGUCACUGUGACUUAUGUGGUUGCUCUCAGCCUGCUGUCCGUUGCGACAAGUGCGGCUGUCAAAUAUUUUGUCUCUCUUGUGACGACAUGUACCACAGGCAUCCUAAAAGGAGAUUUCAUCUCAGAAAAGCUGUUGAUCCCACUCCACCCAUACCACAGGCACGCCCCGUGUUGCCAAUGAAAGUUUCCCAUUUACCCACAACGCCAGGUGAUCCGUCUAAAAUGCCAUUGCCACCGCCCAGGAAGAAAAAACCAGGGAAAUCUUUUUUCGAUACUUUCCGAAGAGGCAGUCCUUCUUCAGAUGUUAGUCCGACUCUACCUAAAAAAGAAUAUUCUUGGACGGAUCGCUUGGGUAGCAUCAAGAAAUUCAUGAGCAAUCGUCCACUUCCACCAUUACCUGUCAACAGUGACACUGAGGAAGCUCAGCCGCCGCCCACUAGCGACCUCCAGAAAGGUGAUUUAUCGUUCAUUCACAAAAGAGUCGAUGACAGACCUCCGCAACUUCCACAGCGUUCUAUGAAACCUCAAGAGUUUUCUGGAGACAAAGAAAACCACCCAAGAGAUAUAGGAAGACAUUUCAACCCAGAGAUGCGAAACGGCACAAUGGACGCAAUUCACAUGAAUCGCAACCGAGGCUACAGCUUAGGAGAUGAAAAUCAGUGGGCUGCACGCAUGAUGGACAACCAAUCGCCUCCUCAGCAGUUUGCCACCUUAACCAGACAAAAUCAACAUGCUUUUACCCAGCAAGGAGGACCAAAUUACCCUGUCAAUCACGCAGCUACAAUGCAUCAAAGUUCCAGUGCGACAGAUCUUCACAAAAUGUCAAAUGUCGAUGGCAUGCCGUUGCCAGGAAUGCCACCUCCUCAUUAUCCACAUUAUCCAAUGAAUCCUCAUUUACCACCGCACUAUCCUUACCCAAUGUAUCCUCAGUAUCCUAAUUAUCCACAGUAUUUUGGAAAUUCGUUUGCUAACUUGUCAAAUCCACCAACGACUGAUGGAGAUUUAAGUGAUUCGGAAGCAUCUUCUCGUCACCAUUCGGGAAAAAAGUAUCCCUUCAGGAAAAGAGCUAAACGCAGUCAAAGUGUCAUGAUGGACAGAAUGGCCUAUCAUGGACAGUUUUAUCCUUUUGGUCCAUUUCCCCCCGGUUAUGGACCAGGACCCUGGGGAACUCCAGUUCCCAUGGAUGCUCCACCCUCCCCUACGAGUUCUGUCAGAUCACUAAAUAGAGUGGGCCGAACAAGACGGAGAAAAAAGGCGGCCAGCGAAGAUGAUGACGAAGAGUUUUCGGUGUCCAGUUCACCUAUGAGUCGCCCAAAGUCUUCUUCUUCCGAACGACCGCCCCGCAGUCCUCGUAAAGCUCCACUGGCAACACAGACUACGUCAUCAGAAGAGACCAGUGACAGCGGAAGAAGGAAAGAGAAUAUUAGUAAUAACUCAGAAAAGCUUUUACGGCGAGACUCUAGUUCAAGAAGGACAGAAUCUCCAGCUACCAGGAGUCCUCAUGGAGAGUCGAAAAAAGUCCAAAAGCAAAAACGACGAGAAAUAUCUAAACUUUCAGAUGCCGAAAUGCCAGAUACUGCUAACAUUAAGAAUGAUAGACGUUCAUCAAGAGAAUCAAAUGCAGAUCAAAGUGAUACAGGUCAACGAUCUGCAGCUGCUACCCAUACAAGCGAAUGGCAGUGUAAACACUGUACUUUUAUAAACAGCAGUGACAAUCGAAUUUGUCAAGUUUGCUGCAAAACUGCGUCUCCAAUUCAAGGAACUGCCGUUUCGACAAGUCGUCCCAGUAGCGCAUGCGCAGGGAGUAGAAAACACAGUUUGCAAUCUGAUGACGAUCGUAGGUCACCGGUAAAAAAGAUGGAAGUUGAAAACAACAAGGCAACUCUGGAUGAUAAGCAGGAUAUGGAGAACCUCAAUUCUGCUUUGGAUGAAGCUGAAAAGGAAAUAAGCCGCGGCUUGGAAGAACUAAUGAAAUUGAAAGACGAUUUCCUAUCAGAAACGCCUACAAAACAAAAGAAUACUGAAUCUAAAAAUGAAAUGAUAAGUGAUUCAGGAGAUUCCCCGGAGAAAGGUAAGCCAGUUUAUAAAUCUACUGGCAAGAUGCGCACUAGCAUUUUGGACAAACUGAAUUUAGCUACAAACAAGCAACCCACUAAAUCAACAGCCACAACAUCAACUUCAACAGAAACACAGACCGGUUCUCCAAGAAGUGAUUCUGGCUGGACAGCAUGUAAUGCGACAGAAAUUAGAAGAGCUUCCAAUUCUUCCACAACAUCUGAAACAUAUAAUUCUCCAAUAGCUCAAAGUCCAGACUUAAAGAGGAAGAAUCCACCAAAUGACUCAAGCUCCAGAAAGGAUUCAUCAUGUCAGACGCAACAGGAUACCCUUCUGGAGUAUUUACAACGUAAAAAAGCAGAAGAAGAAGCUUAUUUUGGCAGACUUGGAGGCAACAAUUCAUUUGGUUAUGGAGACAGAAUGGACACAAUAACAUCACCUUUGCCAGCUAUGUACGAUAGGCCCUUUUUAGGUGGGUUUGGAUUGAUGCAGAGAUCGCAUUCCAGAGCAUCCCUCUUUUCUGGGAGACUAAAUGACACUGCUCCAAUGGACUUUGGCAACGCGGGAUUCGGGUUUGGACCAGUUCCUAUGUACAGAAGUGUCAGUCGAAGUUCUCUGACUGGCGAUUAUCCAGAUAGUCGACUUUCUGAAUUCCAUAACUUGCGAAAGCCUGAUUAUUACCUCAGUAUGGAAGAAUUGGUAGAAAGAAGACGGCAAGAAACCAUGAGAGCCCAGGGCUUAGAACUUGUUCGAAUGAUACGAGAAGCCGAACAACAAGGAUUUACUGCCGAGGAUAUCCAAAUAGCUUUAAGCAAAUGUGGGAAACAGACUCCUAUAGACUGGUUACAAGAAAAUUGGAGAAAUAUGGUAGACAGUGUCGUCACUCUAUCCACCAAUUACGGUAACGAUAAAAAAGAAAACGAUAUUGGAGUGCUUAGCGAGAGUGAAGCCAGGGAAGCUUUGAGACUCCAUAAGGGUAACAUCUGGGCAGCAGUCACAGAAUGUGUUGAAAGCAGGCAAAGAAAGUUCUUGGAACUGAGUACUCGAGGAAAAUUCAGCCGUAAAGAUAUAGUCGAUGCUUUGACUACAAGUGAAGGAGAUGUAGAGGGAGCUUACGCAAAACUGACUAAAUCAACAUCAAAACCUUUUCUUAUGAGGAUAUGGGGUGCCGGAGAAGGAGUUCAAAACCAAGAUGGAGCCAUGCCUUUGACAAUGGAUGACGUCGAAAGUAUUGAAGACAGGCAUAAACCCGAAGAAGAAUGUAUAGAGAGCGAUGAAAUUUGGGAAGAAGAUGUAGACUGGGAGGAUGACGAUGAAGAACCUGAUGAAGAAGAGGAAGGAGAUCUGGAUGACCUACAGCACGUUGAAGAGGAUGAUUACCAUUCUCAAGAUAUGAAAACUCCUGAAAGUGAUAAGAGUGACUAUUGCGAUGCUUUUUCUUCCGGUACACUGGAAAGAAAUGCAGCUUCACCGUCAUCUGAUGAUGUGUUUUUUGUGAUACCAGGCCAAAUAGAAACAAAAAAGAAAGGUACUGGAUUCUUGAGCAAGCUUGCAUCUCUAAGGAAUCAAAAUAAAGAUCAGAAUGGUGGAACAUCUACUUUCUGUGAUACGGAACUUGAGACAUCCCCAAAAAAUAUCAUUGAAAAUGAUACCGUUGAAGAAACAAGUUCUAUUUCAAGUCAGUCAAAAAACUAUGGACCUUUUAAUAUUUUGAAAAACACUAUAUCUGCCAUUAAGGACACUGUAACCGGUUCAGGUAGGAAUGAAAAGAAACUGCCUUGUUCGGCACCCGAACGUAGAACAAUUAUUGUCAAAGGUCAGAUUCCUCAUGAAUCACUAGUGUCCAAUAAUGAUAUUAAAUCAGUUGUACUUACUUCAGUGAAACCUAUGGCAGCAGAAGAAACAUCAAGUUUCACUUCAGAAUUAGAAAAGAAAAGCACGCAUCAGUGUAACAUCGAAAAGAUAUCAGAACAACGAAUUUCAAACGAGAAUAUUGCUGAUGUUGAUAAUGGUCCACUAAAUACGCUUGUUAUAAAAGCUUCCUCAAGUACUGAAACGGAAAAUCAUGCGAAUAGUUUAGAAAUACAAGCUUCAAACAUAGAAAAAGCUGAGUUAUCAGAAAAGAAGCAACAGGAGCAAACUAAAACAAAAUUAUUAAUAAAUGACAUAAAAUGUCUCGGUACUGAUGAUAGAAAUUCUAUUACUAAAAGCAUAGAAAAUUUAUCAACUCGGGAUUCAAAAGACACAGUAGUGGAAAAGCAAAAUUUAACUGAUAAAUCUCAUAAAGCAACAAAAAAAUUAACAGAAAUUAAAUCUUCUGAACAAACUUUAUCUAACAAGAACGCAGGAAUAUAUGCGAUAAAAAACGAAAAGGCUGAAUCUGAAACACAAAUCAAAAUUGAAGAUUUACCUUCUAAUAAAUCUGGUAACAGUAAAUCGUUAACAUUGGGUAAGGAAGAAAUUUCAAAUGCAUUUGCAAAAAAUACUGCAAAAGCCAGUGAAGGAAUGCUAAACAGACAAAUGGAAUCACACAGAGAAACUAUCAAACACGAACAACAACCAAAAUCUAAUUCCUUAACACCACUUUCCAGUAAAUUCGAAAUAUCAAUUGCAGAAACUUCAAAAGAGAGAUCAGAACAAAACGAAAAUCAAUCUUCUGAAAGAAUGCACUUAGUUCCAUCAACUUCUAAAAUGAAAUCCCUAGAUAACAGUCAAAUUGAUGAUCGCAAUUUAUUUCAAGCUGAUGCGAGAUUACCACAAUCGACGUCAUUCAAUCUCACUAAUGAAAUCCAAAACACAGACGUCCAGAAUUCCAAUGAAAAACUUCCUUAUGUUAACACAGCUAGCACAGUUAGUAAUACUGCGAUAAAUGUAAGUAACACUGAAAUCAACACUACUCAAGCAAAUAAAAUUUCGAUAAAUGAUUCGUUAAAAAAACAAGACAAGAGUUUAACUGAAAAUACAACUAUAUCAGAAAUAAUAAGCCAACCACUUAUCGAAGAAAAAGAUUACUUGCCUGCUUCAAAAACUGAACACGGAUCUGAGGAAAAAUCCGAUAACCUAGUUUCCGAACCGUCAAACAAAUUGCUAGACUCGGAUACUAAGAUUACAGUCGUAUCUUCUGCACCAAGUAAUUCAGCAUCUGAAAAUAAUGCACUUAAUGGAAAACGGAGUACUGAUGAACUGAAUUCAUUUAUUGUAGAUGAUAUUAAAGGGAAGAAAGAAACUAUAAUACUUUCUAUGGAUUCUGUCAUAGUCCAUGAUCCAACUGCCAAAGAAACGGGAGAAACGUUUUUUCAAGAAACUGUGAUGGAGGUCCUGGAAAGUAGAGGAAAGGUAGUACAGCAGCCUCAACAUAAUGAUACUGCAGAAAACAGCGCGCACAAUAGUGGUAAUAGUGAUCCAAAAAUAAAAGAGACUAAUGAAUCAAGAAGAAUUGAUAAUUCAAAUUUAAUAACAGAAAGCUCACUUCCCGUCCCCUCAGUUGCAUCUCCUGUGUCAUUGAACUCCAAAUCCACAAAAUAUAAGAGCACAUAUGUACCUGACAGCUCAUAUUCACUACCUGAAUGUUCCUCUUCCUUUAUAGAAAGUAGAGCUUCAGCUGAAAAUGUUUCGUCUCAAGUUUUCGAAAUUUCUACUCCUAUUGCUGAAUGUUCAUCAUCUUCUACUGAAUUACCAUUUUCCAUGGCUAAAACUAAUUCUGUUACUAAAAUUUCACCUCUUAUUUCUGAAGAUGCGUCAUCACCUCUAAGAGAAAAUAAGACUUUAGAUGAUAAAAGCGGACUUCUUAUGUCUGAAAGCUUGUCUUCCAUGAAAAACAGAUCUUUUCCAUCACCUUCAUCCCAAGUGUCUGAAAACACACCCCUAAAUACUGAAAGCAUAUCUCCAAAGCCUAAAGAUAUAGACCGAGUCAUUGAAAGAGAAUCUCCGUUGUCUCAAACAAAGUCUAUGAUACUCCAUGACUCAAACGAAGUAAAUGAAGCCCUUUCUUCAGAGCUUACCCAAAUAGGAACAUCUGAAACCCAUUCUGCUGUAUUAAAAAGUUCUGAAAAUGAACUUGCAGUUGAAGAAUUAAGUUCAUCACCGAAUAAGAAAACAUCAAAUACUAGUGAUAAUUUAGCAUUAAAUAUUUUCAAUGAGGUUAAUAGUGAAACUGUUUCAAAAGGUAGGCCUAAAUCUUUUUCAAUUACAGAAAAUGUAAGCAUUGUUAAACACCAAGAAGCAAACACAAGUGACACUCAGUCGAAUUCUGCAAGGCAUACUGAUUCCAGCACGGACACAUCUAUUGCUAAGGGGGAUUCAACAUUUAACUUGAAUGCGGAAAAUAUUGCCACAUCGGCAGACUUACAAGAAUCCAAAGUUAUUUCAAAUUCCGCUAAUACUGAUACUAUGGAGAUAAAUGAAUCCAAUACCGACGCGGAAGCUGAUAUUUCUAGGUCAAAUACUCAGACUGCACAUGAAAUAUCGGCAGCGCAAAGUGAAAAAAUGCCUUCAGAUGUAAGUGUUGGAAAGGAAUCAGUUUUGAAUCGUCAUGUCUCCGCUGGCAGUUCAUCAAAUGAUGGCGGCACAAGCACAGUUAAAUCUCCAUCAAAAGAAGAUACAAAUAUUUCUGUACGUUUAAAAAACAAAAAGAAGUCUGGUAAGGUAUCUCCAGUACCUAAAAAUCUCGAAGAAAAUAAUAUAAAUUCGUCAAAUUUCAAUACACACGCUAUACAAAAACCUCAAAUUCCUGAAAGCAAUACUGAUGAGGAAAGAAGUGAAAAUUCCAUAGCAAAUACAAAUGUCAUGAACGAUUCCGCACAAGACCUUGCUCAGGAAAUAUCUAGUCACUCAAAUUCUCAGGAAGAAAAUGAUGCUCAGAAUACCCAAACGGCGGCAGAAGGAGUAGCAGCUACAGAAACAAAUGGUGAAGUAAAUGGUGAAACAAAUAAUGAUGAGCCGCAAGAUUUCGAUUCGGAAGAAAGUACACCUUAUAGUAUCACACCACCAAGCCCGGUUGAUGCAUUAAGAAAUAGAUUUGAAGGUUUAAUUGAUGGUAAUACUAUGCGAAGAACGGGCACAAUUCGGCCCCAAAGUCCAUUCCGUCGUAUGUCUUUCAAUUCCAGAAAACAAGCAAUUGCUCUGGAAAGAAAGCGGGAAAUUAAUACAGAGAAAACACCAUGGUUUCUGCAAAAAGUUAGCAAGGAGCCAGUUAAGGUUGUUCUUCCAAAAAGGAGUAUCAAACAGCAGCUGGAAAUUGAGAGGAAAGUUAGAAAAAUGGUGGCAGAUCGUAAAUGUAGGACGUACAGAAAAGCUGAAAUUGUGGUGCAGUUGAUGGAUAUGAAUUUCGAGGAAGAAGAAGCGAUCCAAGCCGCCAAUGAAUGUUCUACUUUAGAGCAGGCAAUCAGCUAUCUGCAGCAGGAGUGUCUGCUGUGCGCAGGCUUCUUUCCCGUCUCACAGAUCAUUUCUAUGGUCCAUUGUCCUCAUAAAGCAUGCCGGGAAUGCAUACGGGCCUAUUUCACAGUGCAGAUACGGGAUCGAACUAUUGUGGAAUUGUUGUGUCCUUUCUGUAAUGAGCCUGAUAUUAGCGAUGAAGAUAUUGCUCAAGAUUAUUUCAAUCACUUAGAUAUAAUGUUAAAGAAGCUAGUGGAACCUGAUAUACAUGAAUUGUUCCAAAGGAAACUGCGAGAUCGUGUGUUGAUGAAAGAUCCGAAUUUUAGGUGGUGUUCUCAGUGUUCUUCAGGUUUCAUUGCAAAUCCAAAUUUAAAACGUCUGGUAUGUCCCGACUGCAAUGCUGUUACCUGCGCAAACUGUAGACGUCCGUGGGAAAGGGAGCAUCAGAGGAUGACCUGUGAAGCUUUUGCAGCUUGGAAAGAUGCCACAGACCCAGAAGCUCACGCUGCUGGAUUGGCGAAGCUUCUGACAGAAGACGGCAUUGAUUGUCCAAGCUGUCAUUUCCGGUAUGCGCUAGCUAAAGGUGGUUGCAUGCAUUUCCGUUGUAUUCAGUGCCAACACGAUUUCUGCAGCGGUUGUUCAAGACCUUUCAAAAUGGGCCAGAAAUGUGGUGUAUCAGAAUUUUGUGCGAAACUAGGUCUGCACGCUCAUCAUCCAAGAAAUUGCUUGUUCUAUCUCAGAGAUAAAGAACCGGGGGAUUUACAAAAACUCCUGGAUAUGAAUAAUAUAAAGUACAAUAAGGAUCCGCCUGACGGAAUGGAAGUGAACGGUGCUUGUCAGGUUAUGGAGCAAAAAGAAACUGCAGAUGGAAUGAUAGAUGACCACUGUGGGAAAGAGGUAGAAGACGGCUUUGCGGGAUUAUGCAGAGUUCAUUACGUGGAAUACCUUGGCCAGUUGGUGAACAAGCAUAAAGUAGAUCCAAAUCCAAUCUUUGAUAAUGAUGAUUUGGAGCUCGUACUGAAAAGAGCAAGCAUUCGAUUGCCACCGAAGAGGUACAGGGAGUCAGACGCACAGUACAGAGAAAAGCUAGUACAGCUAAUAGAAGAAGAGCUGCCUUUAGAUAAAAUGGAUGGCAGCUGAUUUUGAACUGCAAGACAAAACUGCAUGACUCAAAGUCAAACAAAUCAUCACCAAAACACAAGGGUGGUUCACUACGAGAAAAUGAUUGUACAGUGAAGCAUGUACGUCAUUCAUGGAUGCAUAAGGCUACAUUUGCUCCAUAACAUCACUGUCAGCUUGAAACUACAGCUGUGCUGUUUUGCAAGCACUCCAACAUUCACGAUAGAAACUGCUGAAGCUGAUCAAAGAUCAUUAAACUUUAAUGAAACUGUCGUAGGAAAGAAACGAAUUCUUACGGUAACAAAAGUUGCUAAAAUAGUGUGUUUUUUAAAUAAAUGGAAUUAAUGACAGUUAUCAAAUA